AUGGCAACUGACCGCCUACGAACGCCAACGAUCUCCCACGCAGUCAUAGAAGACGAUACGGAGGUGCCCCUGCACGAAGACAGCUUUCAACGAGAUCUCCGGUGCCCCAUCUGCCUCGAUUCGCUGAAGAACGCUGUAGCGACCACGGAGUGCCUCCACCGCUUCUGCGAGGAGUGCAUCACAACGGCGCUGCGCAAGUGCAACAGGGAAUGCCCGGUUUGCCGCACUAAGGUCACCUCAAGACGGUCGCUGCGGCGGGACUACAGCCUGGACAUUAUAGUCGCCACACUCACCUCUAAGGUCUCCGAAGAGGAUGUGUGGCAGUCAGUGCACGCCUCUGAUACGGUGAGCAGUCAGCCUUGUGAAAACUUGAAAGGUGAUGUUCACAAUCAAGCUAGUGAGCAGACUAUCGUUGCAGAAGAGGCUGCUGAACAAAACGGCUGUGGUGAGGAGACGAGCGGCGAGCCAUUCGCCACGGUUGCCGGGAACGAUGCGGGUUCGACGGCCCAUAGCAUGGCUUCUCUCGAAGAUGAAGCAGACCUUCUGCCAAUUGCUCCUUCGACGUUGGCGCAGCGCAGGAGCUCGUACGAACACCAAAACAAGCGCCCUGAGUCCCCAGUGAGUACGGGUGACAGCGUCGCUUGUGAAGGUGGGGGCAUUCUGUCGAACUUGAGACGCUCUGAGAUGCCACAGGAUGCCAACGCUUGCGCUGGCCCCGCUCACGACGAAAUAUAUGGCGUUAAUACCCGCGCCCUUCCACCACCAACUGACGCUAACAACGGGGCUGCGUGUUGCGGGCCGUCUACCGAUGGUACUACUAGAGAUGGUGUGGACGCGAACUCUGUUGGCGCAUCGAACUGCGGACCCUGCACGACGUUUUCCGAUGCGCUUCUGCGGAGCUACCGCAACCUAGCCUCGAUGACGCUGAAACCGCACGUCAGCAUGCUUUUAGAAGACCCCGAGUCCCCGACGUUUUACUUGAGCGUAUCAGGACACGCCACAAUCCAGCAUGUAAGCGCGUACCUGAGCAAGCGUAUCUCUCCGUACGACGCGGGGCGUGAUGACCGACGCCCUCCAAUGUACCGCAUAUAUGCGGCCAACAUGAUGGGUGAUUUGAUUCCACUUUCUCACAUGAUGAUGUUGGAGGACGUCGUUCGAAAUGUGAAGAGACCUGGUGAACUCUUAGAAAUGUACUACGCGAAAAACUAG